AUGCCAGUUGGAGAUCGUCUGGAAAUCGAAUAUUACAGCCCAAAGAAACUUGAGAGAUUUGUGAAGAAUGCAAAAGGAGUUGAACAACAUCAAGUUUAUAGAAUUUGCAAUGGAAACAAUAAAGCAAAGUGUGGAUUUUGGGAGAAUAUAAAAACCAAGAAAAAGGUCGGACCAACCACCAAUUACAAUAAGAAGAAGAAUAUGAUGGUUAUUCCAAAAGUGAAGUUACUCGAUGCGGGAACAUACAGAGAUAAUUAUUAUGAUACUGUUUAUGUUUAUAUUGAGAAAUAA